UUUUUUGAUAACUUCCACCAUUAAAAUACACAGAAUUUUGAAGGAAAAUGAUUGACAUUUCUGAUCCAGUCCGUGCUCAGGCAACUAUGAAAGAGCAAGCCCAGGAGGCUAUAAAAAGCUGAAAAUAUACGCAGGGUUUUGAUGACCCUGAUGCACCUGCUGAUUACAAAGUUAGUAAGAAUACUGAUAAAAGUUAUUUUAAUCAUCAGGAAGAUGACUAUGAUGAUGACACUACUGAUUUCGAUAUGACCUACCAAACUCCCAAUGGACGAGGAGAAGGCUUUGCAGAUGGCUAUCCUGAUCCUAGAUGCUCUGUAGGAAGUCAACUAAAUGAUUUAAAGAUGUAUAAAGCUGCUAAUAAAGACACUAUCGAAAUUAUCGAAGACAAACUCUAUUUCCUUAGUUCUGACGAUGUUCCUAUAAUUGACGAGACAGCAUUUUAUUUCGAAACUGCUAACCUUCCUGAGCUGAAAUAUGAGCCAUAUAACCAUGAUUUUGGCCCACUGAAGCUGAGCCAGAUGCAUAGAUAUUGUCUAGAACUUGUGCGGUUACUUCAAGACCCUGAUUAUAAUCAAAAUAAAAUUUAUCACUACUGAUCUACAGGAUCUGAAGAUCAGGCUAACAGUGUAUGACUUAUUGGGUGAUUUAUGAUCGUUAUCCUUGGCAAAUCAGCUGACGAAGCAUGGCAUUGUCUUCAACCAUAUCACAAAGUACUGAAACCUUAUUGUGACUCAUUAGAUGUCAGCUCCACUUACCCACUGAGCAUCUAUGAUAUACUCUGAGGACUCCAGAGAGCUAUCUCUCUUGGAUGGUACGACUACAGGACUUUUGAUGUCCACGAAUAUGAAUAUUAUGAAAAAGUUGAGAAUGGAGACCUCAACUGGAUCAUCCCAAACAAAAUUGUGGCUCUAAUGGGCCCGUCUGGCAAGAGACUUGACAAGCAAGGUAACCCUAGUUAUACUCCUGAAGAUUAUCAAGACAUCUUCAGAAAUAUGAACGUUGGCCAUAUUGUCAGGCUCAAUAAAGCCGUUUAUCAAAAAGAAAGAUUUACUAAACUAGGCUUUAAAUUUACUGACCUCUAUUUCAAAGAUGGAUCUACUCCAAGCAGGGAGAUUGUACAUAAAUUUAUCGAAAUUGUCGAGUCUUCGAAGAAAGCCAUCGCUGUGCACUGUAAAGCAGGUCUUGGAAGAACUGGGACCUUAAUUGGAUGCUACUCCAUGAAGAAUUACGGCUUCACAGCUUCUGAAUUUAUUGGUUGGGCUAGACUUGUUAGACCAGGCUCUGUUCUCGGUCCUCAACAACAUUUCUUAGAAGAAAUUGAAGACGAGUUGAAGCCUCCACCAGUUGAGAAUAACAAGUUGAUAACCAUGGGUUCUAUGGACUACUCUCCCAAAUAUUCCAAUAAAAAGAACCUUGAAAUGUCUCCGCUCGAAAGACAGAGGAGUGUUUAUGGAGACAAAGCCCAGGCAAAUAGGCUGAUAUCAGCAAAGAAAAGUAGAAAGAUCGAGACAUAA